ACCUACUUCCAUUUAUUUCUAUACUUUCAGGCACAAUUGCUCUCUUAUCAAUUUUGACAACUAUGCCUAUUCACUAAUGUAAUCCAGAUCAUUCAGUGUAAUAUUUUCAUGACAUUUUCAUGUUAACUCAGGUUUGCUACAUUCAUCUACACAGCCAUGUCUCUCAUAUGUGCAAUUAGCAAUGAAGUGCCAGAACAUGCAGUCGUAUCACCAGUGUCUGGCGGUAUAUUCGAGAGGCGACUCAUCGAGAAGUUCAUCUCGGAGCAUGGGAUUGACCCCCUCAACAACAAAGAUCUCUCUAUAGACCAACUCAUUGACAUCAAGGUUGCUCCAGUUGUGAAGCCAAAGCCACCAAGUGCCACCAGCAUACCUGCCAUCUUGAAAGCCUUGCAGGACGAAUGGGACAGCGUCAUGCUGCACUCCUUUUCCCUCCGCCAGCAGCUGCACACUGCCAAACAAGAACUAAGUCACGCACUGUACCAGCACGAUGCGGCGACGCGAGUCAUCGCUCGUCUCACAAAGGAAGUGACGGCUGCAAGAGAGGCUCUUGCCACCCUCAAGCCUCAGGCUGGCAUUCAGCCCCAGACACCUACACAUGGCGUGGCGACGGGAGAGGCUGGAGGCACGGCAGACACGCCUUCACACACGCCAUCACACGCCGCACCUGCUGCUCCUGAGGCUGCUCCUGCUCCUGCCACUACUGGUCUGAGCGAGGCUGUGGUAGCACGGCUACAGAGCACCGCCACCACCCUCACGCAGGAGCGCAAGAGGCGCGGUCGCUCCGUGCCUGAAGGCCUCACUCCUCCUGAACAAAUUCGCGCCUUCUCUACUCUUGCUUCUCAUCCGGGUCUGCACAGCGCCAGUGUGCCCGGCAUCUUGUCCCUGGACGUGCACCAGAAGGACACCAGCAAGGUCGUCACUGGCGGCGCGGAUAAGAAUGCCACCGUCUUCAACAAGGAUACUGAACAGGUGGUAGCCAUCUUGAAGGGCCACAACAAGAAGGUGACGUGCGUCGUCUACCAUCCCACGGAGGACACUGUCAUCACCGCGUCGCCAGACACGCAGAUUCGCGUAUGGAACGUGGGCACCAGCCAGACGCUGCAGCUGAUCUCUGCUCACGACGGCCCCGUGACAGGCCUCUCUCUGCACGCCACGGGCGACUACCUCCUCUCCGCGUCACUGGACCACCACUGGGCCUUCUCUGACAUCCGUACGGGCAGGGUCCUCUGCAAGGUGAGCGACCAGAGCAACAGCUCGGCUCUGACGGCCGCUCAGUUCCACCCUGACGGUCUUAUUUUAGGCACCGGAACCCAGGACGCCACCAUCAAAAUCUGGGACUUGAAGGAAAGAAGCAACGUCGCCAAUUUCCCUGGCCACAGUGGUCCGAUCUCAUCGAUUGCGUUCUCCGAGAACGGCUACUAUCUGGCCACGGCCGCUGAGGACUCAACUGUCAGGCUCUGGGAUCUGCGCAAGUUGCGCAACUUCAAAACCCUGCAGUUGGAUGAAGGAUACGAGGUUACAGACCUCUGCUUCGACCGCUCCGGCACCUACCUUGCCGUGGCGGGAACUGAUGUCAGGGUGUACCUGUGCAAGCAGUGGACGGAGCUGCGCGUCUUCACAGACCACACCGCCCUUGCCACGGGCGUCCGCUUCUCCGCUGACGCUGCCAGCCUUGCCUCCACUUCCAUGGACCGAACCCUUAAGAUCUACGGCUCAUAAUCGCUUCAUUCUGAAUAUUUAUUCAGUAUUUAUGAUCGUAAUAACCACUAUACUGAGUAGUCAAAUGUACCCUCAUAAUGCUUUGUAAUUUAGAGUAAUGAGUUUCAAUCCAUAUAGACUUGCUUUCAUUUAGAAGAAUUUCAAUGCAAUUUUUAUAGUCAAACCAUUGAUACUAGAGUGAAAAUUGCCCUCAAAUAGAUCCGUAGAAUAUGGACAGAUUUUUAGGAUAAUUCCGGAAUUUAUGACCUUACACUCCUCUAUUGUCAUUGUAAUCAUUUUAAUUUCUGAUGCGUUUCAAGUUUCCAUAAAUAAGGUUAUCAAUAAAAGUGAAUAUUAAACAUUUC